AAAUUCGGAGAUUACCAAGCCGCCGUUCAGGAAAUUGAAGACGUCCUCAAAAUUCUAGGGUUUCUCAGCAACGUCGCAGAAGGGUUUCGACUUUCGAGAGCAACGGAAGCAUCAUUGAUGAUGGAGGUCGAUCCGAUGGGUCUUGUCCCUCUGCCGUCGACGAGCAGCUCCGAUGACCAGGCCAUGCCGAUUGAUCCGUCUCCGUCGCAGCUAGACACUACCGCGUUGGUGCCUUUCGUUAGGGUCUCCACGGAUAAGCUGACGGCGAGCUAUACGGGAUCGGGCACGGGCGACUUCGAUGUUGGUGGUGUUCGUGCUGAUCGGCCGGUGCCGGGUGGGAGGAUGGCGUACUACUUCGAGAUGUUGGUGAAGAACUCUGGGGAGAAGGGAUGCGUUGCAAUUGGGUUUGGACAUGAGAAUUACAAUUUGAGGAGGCAACCAGGUUGGGACAUUGACAGUUGUGGAUAUCAUGGGGAUGAUGGGUGUCUUUUCACUGCAGAAGGAGGUUAUGGAAAACCUUUUGGCCCAACAUUUUCCACUGGUGAUACUGUCGGUGCUGGUAUUAAUUAUGCCUCAAAAGAGUUCUUCUUCACGAAAAACGGAAAGCUUGUUGGGAAUGUCCGCUUGGAUAUCAAAGGCCCACUGUACCCACUUGUUGCUCUUCAUAGCCCAAACGAAGAGAUAUACGUGAAUUUCGGGCAACAACCACUUCUUUUCAGUUUUGAGGCUUUUAUGUUAGAGGAACGUCUAAAACAGCAAGCUUUGAUUCAAAAAUCAUCUUUACCACCUAAUGCUUGUCAUCGGAUAAUUCGUUCCUAUUUGCUGCACUAUGGAUAUCAAGAUACUGUUGAUGCAUUUGAAAAAGAAAGUGAAAUUUGUUGUCAGCCAAAUACUGUGGAAGAUGAACAGGAUGGUUAUGCACUAAAUCACAGGAAGAUUCUGCGUGAGCAUAUCAAGAAGGGGGAGAUUGGUCUUGUAUUUGAUAAGCUUCGAGAGUGGUAUCCUCAGGUUGUGGAGAAUGAAACAUCCGCUGUCUGUUUCCUGCUUCAUUCACAAAAGUUUAUAGGAUAUGUUCGGGCUGGUGAACUGAUCGAAGCUGUGGACUAUGCUCGCAUUGAACUGGCAAAGUUUUUGAAGAUCAAUUUUUUUGCCGAUCUUCUUGAGGAUAUCUUUGGACUCUUAGCAUACACUGACCCUACAACAUCAUGCACUUGGUACCAACUCGGCAUGUGCCACCCUGAGUUUGUCGCCGAUGCUGUCAAUGUGAUGGUCCUGUCUACAAACCCUAACUUAAAAAACCCCAAGAAUUGCGCUGCUUCUCGUCUAGAGAAGCUAUUGAGGCAGGUGACUGUCUGCAGCUCGGAAAAUGGAGAUCGAGCCGUGUUCGAUCUUCAUCCAGAACUAUGGAAUGGUUCGAAGAUAUAAGUUCGGGAAUUUCUCCAACGUUCAAUCAAUCCAUGAUAUGAUCUCUGUGAAGCUAUCCAUCACAUUAGGCCGCUUGUGAAUCAACUUAUGCAUUAGUUUUAUUGUUCUUGUGAAUGAGACCAUUUAUUGUUCUGUAUUUGUGAAAAACUUCAUUGGUAGUAUGGAGUAUGUGUUUGAUACGCCAACACGAUACUCGCUUUUGGUUUUUUUUA